UUCUAUCUUUCAUCAUUCAGGAAUAUGAUGUCCAGUUAAGAUUGAGCGGUAAAAAUAUAUCAGGAAGUAGACCUCAAGUUUGUCCUUUUAUGACUUUGUACAAACAAAUAGGAAAGAAGUGGGCCAAACUGGGUACCACUAAUACUAUUCUAUACGGCAACAUUCAGAAUCAGCAAGAAAUUAACAUUCCAGUAAAAGAUUUCUGCGAUGGAGACAUUCACAAGAAAUUAUAUUUGAGAUGUUUUCGUAAGAAACAGAUCCUCUGGAUACCAAGGUCUCACUAUUUAUUUUGCAGAAUUUUUUCUUUUCUUUCUCUGCUUCCUCUCCUCUAUAUCGCAACUUAUCUCUUUAAAAGUAUGACGAGAUUUUGCACAUUUCCUUUUAUGCAAUUUUAAUCAUAAGAUUUUAGUUGACCCGAGACUACAAUAACAAAGAAGUGCGUGUUCUAAGAGGCUGCAAAGUGAGAUCGAACGCAUAAUAACGUGGUUGUAAAAUGAAAUACUUCGCCACACAAAUGCGCCUAUUUCUAUAACCAACUAAAGCUAUAAGUACCUAAUAUAUCCAAAAGCAUAUCCGGAUUGUAUGUAUGUGUUUGCGUUUGAAAGUGUAUGUGUAGAAUCUGUAGAUAUCUCUUUAUUUUUCAACAGAUAUUUCUUAUGCCGGUUUCAAAUUUUGGCCCAAGGUCAGCAAUUUCGGGAGAAGGAAUAAGUCGAUUACAUCGACCGUAGUGCUCAGCUGCUACUUAUUUUAUUGACCUCAAAAAGAUGAUGUUGACUUCGGAACAAUUUGAACUCAGAACGUAAAGAUGGACAUAAUGCUGCUAAGCAUUCUGUCAGGUCGCCGCCUUAGAUAUAUUAUAAAAGAAAGUAAUAACAGCAUGCAGGAGUAUUAACUUGCACACUUGUAAAGUAUUUUGCUUCCUGAUACACAGAACCAUGUUCACGCUGUUGCGUAUGCACGAGGUGCACUUCAGAAGUUUUGAGACUUUUUUUCAGGAGAGACAUUUAUUGAUUUUAAAGAAGUACAGAACUGUAUUCUCCUAAACUGGACUCAGUAACUUCAAUGCACGAGUUGUGGCGCACCAGCCACUUCAUGAAGGCUUCAUGGAAUUCCUCCGAAGUGAAGGUAUCGAGGAUCUUUGUCUCAGAUUUCAUCUUCGUGAUGUCUUCAAAACGACUGCCUCUGAGGUUCUCAUUCAGCUUAGGGAACAAGCAAGUUACAGGGAGUAAGGUCUGGACUGCGGGGUGGAUGGGAAAAGUUUUGAUACCAGACACAACUGUUUAGAAGGGUAUGUUCAAAGUGCAGUUAUAGUCGUCUCCUUCAAUCUGGAAAAAAAAGUUGGCACGUCAGCUUAUUAGACGUAUUGUAAUCAUACACGAAAUUUACAAUGAACUGAAACAGUUAUAACUGCCUCUGUAAAACGUCUCAAAAUUUCUGGAAUGUCCCUUGUAUACACACACACACAUACACACACACACACACACACACACACACACACACACACACACACACACACACACACACACACACACACACACACACACACACACACACACACAUGCACGCACAUUAUGAUGGAAUAAUUACUAUGAAGCAUUGUGUAGAAUAUAUUGUAUAAAGGAUCGUGGGCAAGGCCAAAACAAUGCGAAGGAAAUGCAAGGUAAAUCACAAGAAAACAAAAAUGUUAAUUAAUGUAUUCAAUAUUUCGGGGUUAUGACCUCAUUUUCAAAAAAUAGUCGUAUGUUGCCGAUAAUCAAAGGACAUACGAAGUAUGUCUAAUUGCUGGAAAUAACAGUCAAAACUCUUAUUUAAAUCGCCAAAAUACACUAAUAAUAACUACAGAGAUCAUCCGUCUGAAGGCAAAUGGGCUAAGACAAUCUCUCAGUAAACAUUCAAGUAGUUGGACUCACAUGGACCGGUUUCUGUACUGGCAUAAUAGCCUCAUCUACCUCAGCACGCGCUACCAUAAUAUAAAGCUCCAGCCCGUCGUAUUGAAGUCUGCGCUGCAACUGAUUCGUUUUGCGCCGAAAUCAUGGCAGCAACCAGUGUGAAAAUAAUACUUGAAUGAAAGCUGAGAGAUUUUUUUAGCCCGUUUGCAUUCGCACGGUUGAUUUCUGUAGUUAUUAUUAGUGUAUUUUGGCGAUUUAAAUAAGAGUUUUGACUGUUAUUUCCAGCAGCUAGACAUACUUAGUAUGUCUUUUGAUUAAUUUUAAUCCUUCAGCUAUUUAAUGCUUUUCGGGAGCCUGCAAUCGCCUAUAUUAUUGAUUCUGUUAUUAUCAUUCUAAAUUGUUACACUAGAUAAUAAUAGAGUCAAUGAUAUCUUCGCAAAUUAUCUUUUCCUGAAUUAUUUUUCUCGCGAA